AUGUUCAGCUAUUUCUUGACGUAUGAUCAAUAUUUUCUAGUUCUGAUCAUCGCAUGUGAGCGUUUGUCGAGCACUCUUGAUUGUACGAGCAGACUCCGAUGCGUACGAAAAUCUCUAAAAGACAGUUUUUACAUUUUAAACCCCUUCAUGUUUGCCACUUCUGUGAUUUCUUUACUUUUGAGUGUCGGAAACGUGAUUUUUCCGUUUCGAUGUGAAGCUCAUAAAAAAGAAAUACGUCCAAAGCAACAUUGUGAUCACAACUUUUUUGGAAGCUUUGUUUCAAUGUCUGGGAGUGAUUUUAAGUAUCCGAAGAGUUCGAAAUUAAUGAGAUCGGGAACGAUUAUACGUUUUGGCUGCCAUUUGUCAACGAUGGUAAGACGAGAAAUUAUUGGCGUUUUUGUAAAACGGCGUAGAAACGUUAUGGAAUCGAGUAUAUGGAUCCAGAGGCGUAUUACCGUUAGUCAGUGA